AGUUUAAUUAUUUUAAGCAAUUAUCACAUUGUUGUUACACCCGGAAGCUAUUCGCUAAAUAUUUACGAAAGUAUAAUAUUUUCACUUAAUCUUGAGUUUUGAAAAUGUUGUCUGAUUUACCUGAUUCCAUUUGUGAACGUGCAUCACCAUUGUUUGCAGAAGGUGUAAAUCAAAGUCUAGUACACUUUUCAAAAAUACAUAAAAUUAUGGUGGAGUUUACUAGUAAAAUCUCUUCUAUUUAUAAUGAAACUGCUUGUUCUAUGUUAUCUUCCCUUGAUAUAUUUACUAAAAAAGUUGCAGAUAUUGAUAAAAUAAAGAUUCAAGGGCAAAAUGAAUCUUAUGUUAAAUUUAUAAACAAAUUUAUGGAACAGUUUGAAAAUCAUGCAAAAUUAAUGCAAAAUCUUAGUAAUAGCUUCAAUGAUUGCGUAGUUGUGCCACUAAAAAAUGUUGUGGAGAAAAAAAAAGAAAUAUGGACAACUUGUUUUCACUAUAUUGACUCAUUUCAGCAGCAAAUUGUUAAAAAAGAAGAAGAUUUGGCAAAACGUUACAAGGAUUAUUCUGAUUGUUGUGCUAAAUUAAAAACAUCUGAAAAUGUUAAGUAUCAAAAAAUGUGUCAUAACUCCCAUAAUACAUAUUUACUCAGACUCUCUUCUGUCAACAGUAUGAAUAAUUUGUUAUAUAAGCAUGUUAUACCUCAAGUUCUGCACUUUAUAGAAGAAAACCAUAAUGAGUUAAAUGAUUCUUUGCGACACCAUGCAAAGUAUAUGUUUUCUAUGCAAAAAGAUUCCUUUAAAAAAAUAAUAAAAUCUGUUGAAAAAGUUGACCGUGCAGCUACCAAAAUUGAUUUACUUAGUGAUUUAAAAAAAUAUUAUAAGUUAUUAAAGGCAAAGGAUAAAAGCCCACCUUAUCGUAGUUUCACUUCUGCCAUGCAAGAACUUGGAAGAAGAUCAAGUGUCAAUCUUGAAACUAUGAAGGAGGAAUUUAUUAUAAACAUGUUCACUCAACCAAAUUUACAGCGACGUUUAGCUUCUCUAGAAUAUCAAACUGGUGAGUUAGUAGAUACAAUAGCUGCUAUGCGAUCAAAUAAAAAUAAUGAUGAUGAAUUGUCUAACAAAACACAAGACCCUGCAUUAAAUGAACUAAUUUUUUUGUUAAAAAUUUGUGACAAAGAAGCCAAUUUGAAUGUUUUGCUUAAGCAAAUGGAGUUGUAUACACCCGAAGUGAUAGAUUUUCUUGAACCUAUGCCUGAAAAUAUUUUAAAAGAAAGACUCCAAGAAAAUAAAUAUUCUGAUCAAAUGAAUGGUGUCCCAGCAUUAGGUGAAAAACCACACGAUUUUGCCGAGCCAAAACUUCUGAAGCAUUUAUUUUGUAUUUAUUGCAGCAAAUUGAUUAUUUUAAGCGGAAAAGGACUUGUGUGCAAGGUGUGCAAAGUUGGUGUCCAUAAGAAAUGUGCAUUUAAUAUACCUUUUUGUAAUGGAGAUAUAAACAAAAAUCAAAAAUUAUUAAAGUCUAAUGCAGAGAAGGUCCAGGAAAACUCUGUAGUGUAUGAUUUAAUUGAUAUUGAUGAAGACUUUUAUGAGGAUGAUGAGUUUAAUGAUGGCUUGUCAGAUUCUGAUGGAGAUAUGUUAAAUUUUUCUCAGCCUGUUCUAUGCCCUUCAAAAAUAGCACCAUCUCUAUCAUCUUGUUCUUCAAGUCAGACCAAAGAUAUUCAAAAUACACAAGUUUCAUCAAAAAAUAGUCUUUUAAAAUUAAGCCAAACUGUGUCACAUGAGAUAAAACAGGCAGCGUCUACAACGAACUCAAAUAUUAAACCACCAAAUUAUUCAAAUGUUAAGCCACCUGUAUCUAAAAAACCAUCUAUAAAUAAAAAAAUAUCUAGAUGUGAAAUAAAAGAGUUUUGUGUAACCCUUUAUGAUUUUCAAGCCACUUGUAGCUCUGAAAUAUCUUUUACUGCUGGAAAACGAAUAGAAGUAAUUGACCAUCGAAAUUCAGACUGGUGGCAAGGAAAGUUUGAGAACUCUACUGGUUACUUUCCUUCAAAAUAUGUGAUGAUGGUUGCUGAAAAUGAUCGUAUUUUUAAAGCUAUUUAUAGUUUUCAAUCGGAAAGGUGUUUAGAACUGACUGUCCAUGAAGGAGAAAUUGUUGUUUUGCUAGAAGAAAAUGGUGAAUGGUUGAAAGUUAAAUCUUUAGAUGGAGAAGGGCUUGUUCCUUCUUCAUAUUUAGAAUAUUUGUUUUAGUAAUUAUAUAAUAUGAAUACAGAUAUUUAAAGUUAUAUAAUAUUUUUAAUAUAAUAGUAGACAAAGUUUAAACUUCUAUGCAUAUAUUGCAUGUUAAUACGUACAUAGUUAAAAAUGUGAGAUUUAGUUAAAAAAGAUUAGAUAUGUUGUGUUCAAAUUUUAUAAAUUUAUAAAAUUUUUACACAACAUAUACAACCAAUACACAUAUAGAUAAGUUUUACACAUCAAGAUUUAUACACAUUUACAUAUUUUCUAUUUAUUUAAAAGAAUUCAUUAUAUUUGUUUGUAAUUUAGAGUGAUAUUAAUGCACAUGUUCAUAUGAUUUAACUAAAGGUAAUGCUCUUUUUUAAAACUAAAGUUCUUUUUUCUUCACAUUUUAAAAGUUAACAUUCUUGAUGCAUUUUAAAGUUGAUUUAUACAUUUAUUUUGAUGAAAAAGCUUUAUGGUUUACAGUUUGAUGAAAUUGAGUUUAUUCAUGCUUAUAUUAAAAUUAUAAGACAAGGAAGUACUAUUAUAUGAAAAAGAAAAAAUUUAUAUAAUAAAA